AUGGUUGCGUCUUGGUAUUGCUGGUACUCAGAGACGAGAUCGUUCAUGUUGCUCUCCGCUUCAGUAAACUCCAUCUCGUCCAUUCCUUCGCCGGUGUACCAAUGCAAGAAAGCUUUCCUCCUGAACAUGGCAGUGAACUGCUCACUCACCCGCCUGAACAUCUCCUGGAUCGAUGUCGAGUUCCCGACAAAUGUCGACGCCAUCGACAGACCUCGAGGCGCUAUAUAUCGUAAAGGGCUUCGUUGUCCAGAACCAUACACUCAUCAGCAUUUUCAACCAGCUGAUGAACGGAAAGUGUCGCAUUGUAUGGCUCGACCACUGUGUCUGAGACCUUUGGUGAUGGAAAGACAGAGAAAAAGAGUUCCCAUUCCAGACCCGGUGCCUCCACCAAGCGAGUGGCAUACUUGGAAACCUGAAACAAAUUCACAAUUACAAAGAAUUCUGAAAACAGAAACCAAGAGUUUGCAUACCCUGAAGACAGUCGCAGUUUUCGGCCUCCUUGCGCACAACAUCAAGCACGGCAUCAAUAAGCUCGGCUCCUUCGGUAUAGUGACCUUUAGCCCAGUUGUUUCCAGCACCAGAUUGCCCGAAAACAAAGUUAUCGGGUCUGAAGAUUUGACCAUAAGGUCCAGUUCUGACACUGUCCAUAGUACCGGGCUCGAGAUCCAUGAGAAUGGCACGGGGAACGUAUCUUCCGCAGGAUGCCUCGUUAUAGUAGACAUUAACCCGCUCCAACUGCAGAUCAGAGUUUCCAGUGUAACGACCAGUGGGAUCAAUCCCGUGCUCGUUGCAGACGACUUCCCAGAACUUUGA